UACAUGCUGACACUAGUGGAAUGGUACGCUUAUUUCCCUUCCACAGCGGUCUUUGCCUUGUCGGAAUGCAUAGUGAUGGGGUGGCUCUACGGCACAACGAGACUUCAAGCGGACGUCCAGCUGAUGUGGGGGAAGAAGAUCCCUGAGCUUUUCAUCAUGUUAAUCAAAUUUGCAUCGCCAUUACUCCUUGUGAUCACCUUCGGCUACUCCCUCUACUCCUACCGACCUCCUAAGUACGAGGACUACAUCUAUCCUGCCUGGGCCACUGCAGUCGGCUGGAUGAUAUCCUGUGCCUCCAUUGUUCCCGUGCCUGCCCUCUUCAUCUGGGCAGUUUGGCGGACUCCAGGAAACACUUUAACUGAGAAAAUCAGACAGUCGCUGCAGCCAAAUAAACAAUGGGGUGAGCAAGCUCUAGACGAAAUGGCCGACGAAGUUCCAUGCACUUAGAAGACAUCAACUUCAACCAUCGCAAGAACAAAAAGACUAUAGAUUCAUCAAAGACCUAGUGAAGUCAUGCCAGACAUUUAAUGGUAGACAUUCAGAGGAAUAUAUUAAAUAUGGCACAUUGCUUCUCCAAUUGCUUGAUGUCCAAUGCUAUGACCUUUAGACCUUCUUACUCAAUGGCACGUAUUUGAAUGACAGUUGUGCGAAUAAGGGUGCUGCCAAAAGAGCAGAACAUGCUUAUCCUGGCGUCAUCACUGAUUUUCAUCGAUCCAUUCAUAAAAGACUUAUUGCUCUUUUGCCUUCUACGCAAAUUUGUUUCAGCAA